AUGGAACCGCCAACAGCCGACGAAAAGUGCAAAAUCGCGAAGAGAUUCCUCAGUGAUAAGGCUGCUACGGAGUUGGAGAGGCAUGGGUUCUACUUCAAAUACUACGAUGCGUUGUUCGGCAAGAAGCCUGGAGAUGACACGACGCCAGCAUACUUGACUCAUGGAUACGUGGUUUUAUACUUCGGUACCCUCAUUCGCUAUACGUGGCAAAACAAAGGACAGUUCAGCGCAGAAUUUGCAGCAAAUGUCGACGUCAAAGCGCGGGAGAGCGCAAUACGCGCAUUACUACAGGCAUCACUGAUGAUCGAUUGCGCCUCCAAGCAAAACCUGGUUGAAGGUCGCAACGUGGGAGAUUUUGUUAACCAGACCUGGAAGGAAGAUCAGCCUUUUGCUCGGUUUGUUGAAUGCUGCUUUCCUUCACACGCCUUCCGGAGUCCCGAAGUCCGCAAAGCGAGUCAGACCGCACUGGAACAGCGAGGCAGGCUGAAAGCGUGGAAGUUGACCAAGCAUUUCAAAGUGAGGCUGCGACCGACCGAUAACCUGGCUGAACACCUUGUAUUCGAUUCAGAACGUCGUAUCCUUCACGUCUUCCGUCACGUCGGGUUCUUGAAGGCGCACCUCUACCGUUCGCGUGAUGAGGUCGUUGAUAUCAGCGUCGGGAAUAGCCUGGAGAAGUAG